GAUUAUCGAAUCGUCGUUGAGUAUCGCUCGGAGGAAGAUCGAUUCGAUGUGCGACAAACAGAUUUAUUAGUUUCAAACGUCAAUGUGAUGUUGAUAGUGGUGUGAUUACAAUACGUAUUACGAAUAAUCAAAUUUAUCAUUGGAAAGCAUGUCAACGGAAACGGAUAAGAAUUCCUUGGCGGAUCAAGACAAAAAGAACAACUCGAAAGUUUACUGUACAUUCUGCCCCUCAAAAAUGCUGAACGCAGGUGCAGCCCGGCUAGUAAACAUAGAGUUUAAUUUACCGUACGUACAACGUAAACGAGACGACGAAGUCGAUCAGAAGGAACUUUUAACGGACUUUUGGUUGGUAGAGGAUAUGUACACGUUCGAAAAUAUCGGCGUGUCCCAAACGGUAGACAACGUGAAGUAUUUAGCGUGCGCGGACUGCGAAAGGGGUCCUGUGGGUUGGCACGAUCUGACCACAAAAAAGUCGUACAUAGCACUGAGCAGAGUGAAACACGAAUGAUUUGUAAAUAAAGGUAUUUUAUAAUUUUA